AUGAAAACUCAUAAUGAAUUUAAAAACUCUACAGUAGAAACUCCUCCAACCGUUGCCGAAUUGGAUGCGAAACUCCUCGCCGAUAAUCUUAAUAAAAUCAUUCGUGAUGGUCGUCUAAUGAAAUACUUUUACUGUAAAGACUUCCCAAUGUAUCGUAUAGUUGCUCGUAAUGAGGAUAAGAAAAAAGACACGUUGGAGAGUCGAAUAGCUGCACUACACAAAUUGAUGCAGAAACCACUCAAUAAGAUUGCUAUCUCUAGGGCUUUUCAUGAACUAUGGAAACUCAAUGACAUACAGUCGGAAGAAAGUGAUUGUAACCAGUUACUCAAGAUUACUUCACCAAAUGGCCAAUUGCUUAACCUACCCAGAUGA